AUGAAGUUUGGUUCUCCAGCAAAAUUUAGAGAAACGGUAAGGGAUACAGCUAUAAUAGGCAAGUUUGACCUAUCAUUUGUGAAGAAUGAUGGAGAUAGAGUCACAGUGGUAUGCAAGGCUAAAUGUAGGUGGAGGAUUCAUGCCUCUGAAAUUGGUGAAGAUAAAUCAUUCCAAAUAAAGACAUUCAAUGAUACUCACAAUUGUACUGGUGUAAGGCACAACAGUCAGCUGACAUAUAGUUAUUUAGCAAAACAUUAUACUGAAAAGAUUAUGGCUGAUCUAAAUUGCUCAUUGAAAGGUUUUGUGCAGAUAGUUGAAAGUGAAUUUAAUGUUGAUGCGACAAAACAAAAGGUGGCUAGAGCAAAGAAGUUGGCUUUACUAAUGAUUGUAGGUGAUUAUUCAAAGCAAUUUGGAAGAACUAGGGACUAUUGUGCCUUAAUCCUGGAAACAAAUCGUAGGAUUGUUGCUAAUGUAAAAACAAUACCCUAUAGUGAUGAUGGUACUUCAUUCUAUAGAUUGUUUUAUUCUCUAGAGGCUAUGUGGAAAGGAUUCUUAGAGGGUUGUAGACCAUUAAUUGGUCUAGAUGGAUGUUUCUUGAAAGGACCCUAUGGGGGACACUUAUUGUGUGCUGUUGGUAGGGAUGGCUUUUAUCCAAUUGCAAUUGGUUGUGUUAAGGCAGAAUGCAAGGACUAUUGGGAAUGGCUCUUGGAUGAAUUGAUGGCUUUAGUUAGCAAUUAUCAGAAGUACACAUUUAUCUCAAAUCGACAGAAGGGUCUACUUGAGGUAUUUGAGCAUAAAUAUCCUGGAGCAGAUAUUAGGUUCUGUAUUAAACACAUGCAUGACAAUUUCAGGCAGAAAUACAAAGGCAGAAUACUAAGGAACAUAUUCUGGAAUACAUCCACAGCAUACACAAGAUUUGAUUUUGUGCUACAUAUCUACAUUGGGAAGGCAAGGGAAAAACCUUUAAUUUACAUGUUUGAGAAGAUUAGAAAACAACUGAUGCUAAGGUAUCAAAACAAUAUAGAGAUGAUGGAUAAGGUUAAGGGACUGCUGUGUCCAAAAAUUAAAGAGAAAUUGGAUAAAAUUUCUGAAGAUGUCAGAAGACUGCGUUAUUGGGAUAUAACUGGCAUACCUUGCAAACAUGCAGUGGCAGCAAUUUUGGAUAGGAGGUUUGAUCCAGAGCUGUUUGUUCACCCUUCUUACUAUAGAGAGACAUACUUGAAGUCUUAUGGAUAUGUCAUAACUCCAGUGUCUUUAAAGAAUCUGAAAAGAGAAGUUGGUACUGCUCCAAUACUGCCACCACCUCAUAGGACUAGACCUGGAAGACCUAAAAAGAUCAGGAAAAUAGGUUUAGAUGAGAGUAAGUCAAAAGGUUCAGUGGUGAAGAGGUUAAAAAUGAGAUGCAUUAAAUGUCUUGUCUUGGGUUAUAAUGUAAGGACUUAUAAAGCACUUGAGCAAGCUAUAAGACAACCAAAAGGUAAGGGUGGAAGACCAAGAAUAGUAAGAGGCACAGGUGGUGUAGGUGGUGGUAGAGAUGAAACUGUUGCUGGUAUGAGUGCGAGGAAUUCUACUACAGAAGGUAGGAGAUCUGCUAACAGAGGUGGUGGGAAAACUAACAGAAGUGGUUGGCAGAAUGUUCACAUAGGUGAUGGUGGCAGACCUGCUAGAGGUGGUAGCAGUGGUGGCACAACUACUAGAGCUGGUAGCAGCGGUGGCAUAGCUGCUAAAGGUGUUGGCAGUGGUGGCUUAGCUGGUAGAGGUGGUGGUAGUGGUGGCAUAGCUGGUAGAGGUGGUAGCAGUGCUGGUAGAGGUGGUGGCAGUGGUGGCAGAGCUGGUAACAGACCUGUUGUAUUUCAUUCAGAGAUUGUGUGGUCGAAGAAGACAUUUGGGUUCCCUGAUCGCGGUUUAGGGCUUCUAAUAGGGCACACAGUGGCUACGAUUUUGGGCUUCAAAUAA